GCCUGCCUGGAGUCCAGGCAGAGUCCUGCCUGCUGGGGGUUUCUCGUAGUUGGGCCUCGGGGGUUGCUUGGCUUAGGUGCCUGCGGACUGGCGCCCUGGGGGAAGCCGGCGUUGGUGGUGAUGCCCUGGAGCCCGGGGCCGACGCGGUGACAGCUCGCACCCACCUGGGGCUGGGCGCCAUCCCGACGACCGCCUGGUGGGGGCGCAGCGGAGCCGAGUCAGGCCUGCAGGUCUGGAGUGUGACCUGGCUCAGCACCUGGCGGGCCAGCAUUUGGCCAGGGCGCUGGUGGUGAAGGCAUUGAAGGCCUUCGUGAAGGACCCGACCCCCAGCAAGCCGCUGGUCCUCUCCCUGCAUGGCGGGAAGGGCACUGGCAAGUCCUACCUCAGCUCCCUGCUAGCUCACUACCUCUUCCGGGGUGGCCUCCACAGCCCCCACGUGCACCAUUUCUCCCCUGGCAUCCACUUCUCUCACCCCAACCAAAUGGAGUGCUACAAGAAGGAUCUUAAGAACUGGGUCCAGGGAAACCUCACUGCCUGUGGCCGCUCCCUUUUCCUCUUCGAUGAGAUGGACGAGCUGGCCCCAGGCCUGAUGGAGGUUUUGCGACCUUUCCUGGGCUCCUCCUGGGUUGUGUACGGGACCAACUAUCGCAAAGCCAUCUUCAUCUUCAUCAGCAACACCGGCAGUGAGCAGAUCAACCAGGUGGCGGUGGAGGCCUGGCGCAGCCGAAGGGAGCGGGAGGAGAUCCUCCCACAGCAGCUGGAGCCACUCAUUUUCCAGGCUGUGCUUGACAACCCACACCAUGGCUUCUGGAACUCGGGCAUCAUGGAAGAGCAUCUCCUGGAUGCCCUGGUGCCCUUCCUGCCACUCCAGCGGCACCAUGUACGGCACUGUGUGUUCAAUGAGCUGGCACAGCUGGGCCUGGAGCCCAGGGAUGAGGUUGUCCAGGCUGUGCUGGACAGCACCACCUUCUUCCCUGAGGAAGAACAGCUCUUUUCCUCAAAUGGCUGCAAGAUGGUGGCUUCCCGGAUUGCAUUCUAUCUCUGACACGGACACUCCAAGUGGCACCCCUGCCCUCCUCCACCUGACCGGGCCACCCUGGAGCUCCUGCCAGAGGGACCUUUGUCCCGAGCCUCCUGGAGAGUGGGACCAAGUGAAGAGGAGCUGGCCAGGCCAUGGAACGGCAGGCCACAGCAGAGCCUGGCCUCCUGACUGGUUGUAAGGGCGCCUUGGCCUUUGCUUCCUUCCCCCAGAGAGCCACCUGGUCACCCCAGAGCCUAAAUGAGUCUUGACUUUGCUCUCUAGCCUGAGCCUUCUUAAAAUGUGAAUUGUACCUUUGUAACUCAGGGACUGGCUCAUGGCUGCCCCCUCUCUCCUCAGUCUGUUACCCAUGCCCUUGCUCCAUGCCACACCCCAUGUCCCAUCAUCAUCAAGCCAUGUUGAAAAUCCUCAGCCUCCGUGAAUGGAGUUACUCAAGCUGCCACUUGGCCCUGGUUUUUAAAGUUUUUUUUUUUUAUUUUAUUUUGUAAAAGAAGAGAAUAACAAUAAACUUAGUCUCCAGAUGAGA